AUGAAAGUUCUGAGGCCCAACAAGUUCUCUCUGCCCUCAGGAAAAGGCUUCUUCAUGCACUUCAGCACGGCCUCUGCUAAACCUGGUGACCGUGCAGUCCUGGAGAGUCGUUGGCUUUAUCCCAAACCUGGAGCCCAGUGUCUGCAGUUCUUCCUCCAUAACACCGGGGCAGCCCAUGAUGCUCUCAACAUCUGGGUGCGAGAGGAUGACCGCAGCAGAAAACGGAAGAUCUUCAAGAGUAUUUCAGGAGGCGUCAGGGGCUCUUGGGAACUGCAUAACAUCAAUCUGAGUGUGACCAGGAAGGCCCGUGUGGUUUUUGAGGGUGUGAGGGGAAAGGGGCCAUCGAAGGGAGGUUUCUCUCUGGAUGACAUUAACCUGUCAUCCACAAAGUGCCCUCAGCACAUCUGGCACAUCCACAACAUCACCAGCCUGCUGGCCACCACACCAGCAGGACAGGAAAUGUACAGCCCUCGCUUUCUGUCACCAGCAGGUUACUCCUUCCAG